AUUCGUUUGAGAUUGACGUGAAUUCUGGAUUUCUGACUCGUUGAAAAUAAAUAAAUAGGUGGUAACCGGUCUAAAAUAGGAAAACUCAAUUUAGGUUUUACGAAUUAAAGCGACGAUGCAGCUGCCUAGAUCUUGCGAUACAUUUGUUGUAUUGCCCCCACUAACAAAAAAUAAUGUGAUAAUAUUCGGGAAGAACUCCGACCGUCCACAGAACGAAGUCCAAGAAGUGGUGCUGUCAAAAGAACGAGUCAGGAAUUCCAAACUGAAGUGUACUUACAUAACGAUUGACGAGAGUCCAAAGGAAUUGAACAGUGUGAUAUUGAGUAAGCCAGCGUGGAUGUGGGGCGCUGAAAUGGGUGCUAACGACAAAAACGUAGUUAUUGGUAAUGAAGCUGUGUGGACUAGCAACAAUGAAGGCGAUGGGGACGCGCGACAAAAACGCCUCCUUGGGAUGGAUCUAGUUCGCUUAGGUCUCGAAAGAGGUAAUACCGCAGAGGAAGCCCUUGAUGUCAUCGCUUCUUUAUUGGAAAAGUAUGGACAAGGCGGGCCAUGUUCGGAACACGACGACAGUCACAUCUACCAUAAUUCCUUCCUAAUAGCGGACUGCAAGGAGGCCUGGGUGUUAGAAACUAGCGGAAAACUAUGGGCUGCUGAGAAAAUCUCUUCGGGAUAUAGAAAUAUUUCUAAUGGCCUCACUAUAGGCACUAAGAUUGAUAAGCAUUCUGAAGGUUUACUUGAAAGUGCUAUAGCCAAGGGAGUUUGGGAUGGCAAGGGCAAAUUCGACUUUAGAAAUGCAUUUUCUUCCGGAGGCGAUGAAAUACGUCAAAAGGCAGGCGAGAGCUUGCUAAAAGAAAGCACUGAGGCUGGCCCUUUCAAUGUUCAAGAUAUGUUCAACAUUUUAAGGCAUAAGGAAAGCGGAAUUUGCCGGAGCUGUGAUGAUACGUUUCCAACACAAGGGAGCCAGGUUUCCUCGCUCUCGACAAAUACAAUGAGCGUGCAUUGGUUUACCGCUACGCCCGAUCCAAGCGUUUCAUAUUUCAAGCCGUUUGUUUUUACACCGAACGCGCAGGUUUCAUCGCUCACCGAGAGUCCAAAAGAGCCGAAGAGAGAACACAAUCUAUACAAACUUCACGACCAACACGUAGUUCGGGCGAAUAACGACAAAGUGUCCAAUAGCCUGCGUGAAAUGGAGCAGGGAUGCCUAUCUGAGAUAGAAUAUUUCAUUCAAAAGUAUGAACAAAGUGAGAAAACAAUUGAUGAAUUGGACAACUUGAUGAAAAAAUGCGUGGAAGCCGAGGUGAAACUGUAUGGUUAAGUUGUAUUAAGGAGAUUAAAAUAGCUGAUGUUGUUUCACCUGUUACUACGCCUACUUUUAAAACACUUUGCAUAUCAAUUAUAUUGAACAUUUUCAAUUAUAGUAAUAAACUAAAUUAUUUCCAUAUUCAUUUAAAAUUGAAUAAGUCAAAUUGCGGGUAGAUACUAUAAACACUACGGAAAAUUUUAUUUAAUCGUAUCAUACAUCGUACGUUACAUUUUAAAGUCAAGCUCGUUCUAAUUUGAUUGAAAAAUAAUAUGAAUAUAAAGUU